AUGCCGUCCAUUCUUAGCGACGCCGACAAAGAAACUGUGAAGAGGAAUGUCUCGAAACCAUCGAACAAGAUUCUUGCUGUAGCCGUUGCGCGGCUCUAUGUCGCACACCCCGAUCCCCAAAGAUGGACAUACACAGGUCUGCAGGGUGCUGCGGUGCUCGCCAACGACCUGGUCGGGCGGACGUUCUGGCUAAAGCUAGUGGAUUUAUCU